AUGGCUCGCGAGAAAAACAACUCAAUAAGGCUUGGCGCCAUGAAAUAUUCGGUGGCGAAACCUCAGCUGAUAGAGUGCAGUUUAAAGAAAAAACUUCAUUGCUCACCGCUUUCGUCUGCUUUUGUGACUCCAGCACAGCGUAUAGGAGUUGUGCCUACAAUGUUGAGAGAAGUUCUUGGUGCUCGAAUUAUGGUAAAGACAUCUAUGAAAUACGCUCGUAGCAAACGCUUACGAAGAAUUUUGGAUGCGCGACAGCUGGCGCUGAAGCUCAUAGCUAAUGUCACCUACGGGUAUACGAGCGCGAACUUCAGCGGAAGAAUGCCGUGUGUUGAGGUUGCGGAUGCUAUCCUAGGAAAAGGCAGAGAAACUCUUGAGCGAGCAAUUGCCCUCGUAAAUGGUGGGAAUUACGGUGGGGCGAAAGUCAUCUAUGGCGAUACAGACAGUAUGUUCGUUUUAGUUCCAGGUAUGCUAUAUUUCAUGAAGGCUAUUCUCUGCAUUUAGCU